UCAAGAAGACCAGGUGCUGCGAAGACAAUUUUCUGGUUCUGCUGCCAGGGAACGUGCCAUUGAAGAUGGAGCAAGAGGAAUGUGCCAACGAGGAGGGAGUGACGGGAGAGCCACAUGGACCUUUCCAGCUUGAACAGCUUGAGGCCUGUGGGAUUGCAGCAACAGAUGUCAAGAAGCUUCGAGAAGGUGGUUUUUAUACUGUGGAGUCGGUGGCAUAUUCGGCAAAGAAGGAGCUGCUGAAAAUCAAGGGGCUGAGUGAGGCAAAAGUGGACAAGAUAACCGAAGCAGCGACGAAGCUUGUGCCUAUGGGUUUCACAAGUGCUACGCAGUUGCAUGAGCAGCGGGCUGAGAUUAUCCAGAUAACUUCAGGCUCCAAGGACCUAGACAAGAUUUUGGAGGGCGGAUUUGAGACGGGCUCUAUCACUGAGAUCUAUGGCGAGUUUCGCACUGGGAAAACACAGCUAUACGGACUAAAUGGUGCAGACGUCCUGGACAACGUAGCGUAUGCAAGGGCGUAUAACACAGACCAUCAAUCGAAGCUCCUGAUGGAGGCAGCAUCAAUGAUGGCAGAGGCAAGAUUUGCGUUGCUCAUUGUGGAUAGCGCCACUGCUCUGUACCGAACGGAUUUCGCGGGAAGAGGAGAGCUGUCGGCUCGUCAGAUGCACCUGGGCCGUUUCUUGAGAAGUCUUCAGAAGAUGGCAGACGAGUUUGGUAUUGCAGUUGUGAUGACAAAUCAGGUUGUUGCACAGGUGGAUGGUGCGGCUAUGUUUGCCGGGCCACAGAUAAAGCCGAUUGGAGGGAACAUCAUGGCUCAUGCGUCAACGACAAGGCUUGCAUUGAGGAAGGGAAGAGGAGAGGAGCGCAUCUGCAAGAUCAUCUGCUCUCCAUGUUUACCAGAGCAGGAGGCGAGGUUCGCAAUUAUGCCGGAGGGAGUUUGCGAUGUCAAGGAUUGACCCGUCAGCCUCCAGCUCGAUGGGACAAGGGAAAUCAUCCGUCUCGGGAUUGUUUGUUUGUU